UUAAGAAAUACUCAUUAAAAAUAUUUAUUAUUUUACAUACAAUUUCGUUGUUAAUGCUCACUUAAAAAGAUAUACAUAUUUUUCAUCAGGUAUUUCUCAUAACUAAACUAUCCAUUUUCCAUUCUCCUUAAUUAAUUUGCUGAGUUAAUACUCAAAAUCGUCCCCGAAAGAUACCUCGAUCUCCAUAUUAAUCCCCGAAAGAUAAAGUUAAUCAAAAGAGUCCCCAAAAGUUACACGAGUUAAUCACGUUUGUCCUUCCAUUAACUCCGUUGGUGACCUGGCUAACUGUUGCUGAUGUGUGUGGUUAGCUUCCAACAUGGAAGAUGCCCACGUGUAAUGACCUGUUGCUGACAGGGUCGCCUUCAUCAAUCAGAUGGCCAUAUACCUGGGUUCGUGUUCAAAUUGGUGGUUUCGGGCGACGAUGGAGGUCGGAAAUGGAGGCCGUGGUGGCGGUGUGUCGUUGUUCUCGAACGGCAAUAAUGGUUCCAACGCCUCAAUGCGAAGCAGGAGGAAACCCCAUGAGGAAUCAUGUUUCUGUGGGUUGAAGGCUGCGAUAAGAAAGUCUGGGACAGCGGAGAACCCAGAUAGACUAUUUCGUGCAUGUCCAAGAAGGGCAGUCACUGCAACUACUUUAAAUGGGUUGAGGAUGAUGAGUAUGAAGGGAUGGGCCAAGGUGGAAUGAGGAAAGAUUAUGCGGCUGAGCUGCAGGUUGAUAGUGACUGUGAUGAAUGGAGGUUGAAGGUGGCAUGGAGACUGGGCAGCUUGGAAGCUGAAGUAAAAGCAUUGAAAAUGUUAAUAGUUUUUCUGUUUGUGGUAGUUG